CAGCCCGGCAAGGUGCAGAGCUCCGAGUUGGCCGCUCCGGGGACUUGCGCUGAGAGUCGGAAAUUGUGCUGUUUGCGCUCUGUUAUGAAUUAGCCUGGUGGAGGACACUGGCAGCUGAAUUUUGGAUGUCUUCAAGUUUAUAGAAGCUGGAUUGAAAGAAGUCAUUUAGGCUGAUACCAUGGCUUUGAAGCACAAUAAGGGUGAUGGAACUGUUCCAAUGAAAUCCACUGAAUUCUUUGAGAAAGUGAAUUACAGAGGCGUGCUGUCCUCUGAAGGCAUCAGUCUCCUCUUGGGGAAUACUCGCCCAUUCGUAGGCCGCUGCUGCUAUGUCUGUGCACCCCAAAGCUGGGGCAUGCUGUUCCAUAAUUACUUGGCCUUGUUGGGAUUUCGAAAUGCUAUCCUUGUCACCGAGAAAGAAACACGGUACCGAGGCUGGCUAGCUCAUCAUCUCUGCCACAUCCUGUUUGUUGCUAAGUGUACAGUUUAUCCAGAUGCACCUCUUCUGGAGCACAGAAUUAACAGCGCCAGAAUGCAGGAGGCUGCGAAGAACGUAUCUGACACGGCUGUAUCUGAUCAGAAAUCACCUUGUAAUGUGAAGAAUGUGAUCACAAUCUUGCAUCAGAUCCAGGCUACGAUCUCACCCCUCGUACUCAGGAUAACCAGCUGGGUGUUGCUGAAAGUAUUUAAUUGGGUUUUUGUAAAUCUGCAAGUUCAUCGAGGGCAAAUUGAGAUGCUACGGAAAGCAAGAGAAGAGUAUGAUGGUCCAUUCAUCUUCUUCCCUGUACGCAAAUCUCGACUGGAUUACCUACUGGUUACCUUUGUCCUUUUCUGCCACAGUAUCAGAGUCCCAUACAUUGCUUGUGGGGAAGACGUCCAGCUUCCAUUUUUCAGGACUCUGCUGCGGAGAUUGGGAGGAAUCUUCACUUCACCGGUACCACACGGAACUAAGAUAACUCCUGGGAAGAAUUUGUAUAAGACGGUCUUAAAUUUGUACAUUGAGAGAUUGCUGAGCGAGAAUCAGAGUCUGCUGAUGUAUCUGGAAGACCUAGUUCCGUCUGGCGGGCGUCCUUGUUGCGCAGGAUUGGAAUGGCUAGCACGGGUGUUCGACGCUUUUCAUAACCAAUUGAUAGCAGAUGCUGUACUGAUACCUGUGGGUGUCUCUUACGAUCGUAUUGUCGACGAAAACUGCUAUGAACAGAUGGGUAACAGAAGGACUACAGUUUUUGCAGCAAUCUGUUGGAUGUUCAGAUUUCUACAAAAGAGAUAUGGCUGCGUUCGGGUGGAUUUUGGACAACCAUUUUCAUUGAAGGAUUACCUCGAAAAUGAAGGACUCCAUUUCUGUACUUCUGCAGUGCCACUGUGGAAAAUCCUGCUACCAUGCAUACUUGAAUACAGCUCGAAAUCUGUGUACCAGGAGAAGUCUUUGAAUAAUGAAGGUUGGACUGGUCUCAGCAAACAUCACGAAACACUGAUGGCUAAUCUGGGAAAGCACAUGCUUCACACUGCGACUUGCUGCUCGGCAGUCAUGUCCACCACCCUCGUGGCCUGCCUGCUCCUCCACAAGCACCAUCAGGGUGUCUUCCUUACCACAUUGGCAAAGGGUUUCUACUGGCUAAUGAAUGAAGUUCUUGCAAGGCAUUUUGACGUGGGUUUUUCGGGGAAGCUCCACGAUGUACUGCUGCAUGCCCUUUUCUUGCUGAGAGACUGUGUGACGUUCAGGAGAUUUUCUCUGACCAAUUGCAUUGUGAUACCCAAGACAAGCAAAGAGGCUGUAGAGGAGCUUAGUCUUUACAGCAGUGCUAUCCUCCCUGUCUUUAUCGGGGAAGCUGUGGCCGCCUGUGCUUUAAAUUCCCUCCUAAGAGAAGUGGCAAAAUACCUGAUAGACUGGGAUUCCAAUGUGGAGGUUGUAAUCAGCCAGGAAGAACUUAUCUGCAAAACUAUUCAGUUGUGUCACUUGCUACCCAGUGAAGUUCUACUUCUACCACCUUGCCAAUCGGUGUACCGGUUUGCACAGGACGCAGUGGACAAACUCACCUACAGCGAGAUUCUCAUUCUGAGGGAGAGUGAGAACAGCCAACCUGCAUGUGACUCUUGGAAUGAGCAACUUGCUAAGCAACUGACGUGGAAGGUGUUGGAUGAUUUUGAUGACUCUGACAGCGAUUGUGAAGAAAGUACCUUAAAAUAUUAUUUCAAGCUUGGACACACUGCUGAGAGCCAUGCAUUCUUCCUCUUCCUCUGUAGUUUGCUGCAGCCCGUGUUGAAGGCCUACGAGAUGGUAGCAGGCCAGCUUCACAAAUUUGACUUUCCAAUGGAAGAGUCGCAGUGUGUGCUGGGGAUGUUUAAGUUCUUACAGACGCAGGUAGAGGAGUGCCCUGGAAGUGCCUCCCUCUACCUUGCUAACAGUGCCAUAAGGACCUUCAAGGAGCUAGGGGUUUUUGAAGUGGAGACAGGAGUGACAGGGUCAUUGCUGGAACUCAGUGAAACUUUCCAACAGGCUGAGAGCAGGCAGAGGCUCCAGCAAUACAUUCAACAAUUCUGUUGACUGUAGACUUGCUCCUAAAUCAGGUGACAUCUUUGACCUACGCCAGACCACACAGCUCCACGCUCUCUCAUCUGGUGCAGAACCCAAACUGCUCCCCGUUUGCAGAUUCUCCUUGUACUGGAAGAAGGGUAAAGGUGCUUUCUGUUGGUUCCGUGUUUGAAUAAAGCAAGCUGAGUUGUAAUGGGUAAACCCAACCCUCGUUGCAUGCACAUUCUGCGUGAAAAUAAUAAAGUUG